UCCCUGCCGAGAUCGAGAGUUCACCAUGCAGUGGCUUCUACCCGUUAUCCUUUGCCUGUGGGCCGUCAGACCCGUCGAGAUCGAGGCGCGUCAGAUCAGGAUCAAUCGCUAUGCAGUCAGUGUGCAGGAGGAUCAGGCCGUUGAGGUCAAGGCCGCUCCCUAUCCACCAGCGGGCUACAGGCCUCAAGGUCGCGCCUUUUGGCUGCCAGGCGAAGUGGAGGUUGAGGUUCAGGAAGUGCCCAUUGAAGGAUCUGGUUUGGGGGCUGAUCAGCUAGCCACCACAACCGAGCUGCCUCUAGAGGAUCUGUCAACCAGCACCACAGAAUCAUCUGGGGACUGGAGCACCACCACCAGCUGGGAUUCCCUGGACACCACGACUGCUGCUCCGGAAUGGGACGCACGCUCAAGUCGCGCCUUCGCGAAAGCUCCUUAUCCACAAGCUGGUUACCGACCAAGUCGCGCCUUCCGUCUGCCCACCGAGCAGAACCUGGAGGAGCAGCAGCAGAUCUCCGCCAGCAAUUCGACUAACAGCAAUGCCGACCAUCCCGUCUGCGGGGUCAGCACGGAUCCCCUGAAACCCACGCCGGAACCAGGAUCCAAGGAUGAACCCGAUGCGGAGAGUGUGGUGUUCACUGCCAAUGUGGGACCUGCUGUUUUCGUGGCCCGAUCUCCGUCCUCCAUUCCAGUGGCCAUUCCCCUGCGAUCGCAGCCUUUGGUGCAGGCUCCGCGAUCCCGGGGAUUCGCUUACACUUCGCAUGUGGAGCAGCGGUGGUGAGAACUUCGAUGGGAGAUAUAUUGUUAUCCUUGUUAACAGUUCAGUAUUUUUAGUUACUUUUGAGUGUAAACAAAUAAAUGUUUUUAAUUGUUA